AUGGCGCAAGCGGCGCCGAAGUACAACCCGCCAGUCUCAGGACCGCGGAAAGAAACACAAACCCUGCAGUGCUGGGCCUACGAAGGGCCCCAUAAAGCUGGAGCUGCCCCCAAGAAGAAUGAAGCCGUCAGGGAAAGCGAUGCAUACAACGUCGUCCUCCGCAGCAAGCUGGGAUCGCACUCCAUCGUACUAGGCGCCGAAGUUAAAGCGGUGGACCCCUCUGUUAAAUGCAAGCCGGGUUCUACGGCUGGAUACGUGGAGUUCAAGACAUGCGGCGACAACUUCAAGAAGGCCCAGCGGUAUAAGUUCUACAGGCAUACCUUGCUACGCUGGUGGGCGCACUGCCGCUUGGGCGGCAGCCCGAAGGCGUUUUGUGGUUUUCGCAACGAAAGUGGAAUUGUCUUUUCUGUCCAGGAGUUUGACGUUAUGAGGAUGCCGGAGAAGGCUGCGGGAAAGUGGUCGGAAGACAUAUGCAUGAAAUUCUGUGACCAGCUGCUUUCCUUCAUCAAACGGCAUGUUGAAGAGAAUGACGGAAGGAACGCCUACCUUUUCGAGUACGUGCCCACUUCGGGCGAAGUUGUCUGCAAGCGCCUGACAGAUCCCGGGAACCUUUACGGGCUGCCAGAUUGGUUCCUGGAGGCGUUCGAAGGUUAUUGAAGUGUCCGCAUCAGCUGCUGUCAUAAUCGCACCUCAUGCGAUGAUUUAGCGACAGCUGUUCUAGAUUUUUUAAAAGACAAAGGGUUUCCGUGUGCCCGCAAAACGUUCUACUUGAGGAAGAUGUACGAUGGUCGCGCAUUGCCUUAUGGAAGAUCCGAAGUAUAUUGUUUACAAUUUGUCAUUCUUGCAAAAAUAUCGCUGUUUUUAAUAAUUUUUGAUAGAGCUAAUGCUUUUGAAUUUUAAUGCUUGAUGACAGUGCUCUAUAAAAGUUGAAAUAUUUCAGGUAAUUACUGUACAAUGUAAACGAACGGUUACACAACUCGCAAUAUCCAUUGACGAGGCAGGCAUUAAAAUAAAAAUCAUUUUUUACACCUG